GCGGCGGCGGCAGCUCCAGCUCGGACGCCAGUGCGGCCCGAUCCGUGAAGGUAUGGCCUCACAAGUCUUGGUCUAUCCACCAUAUGUUUAUCAAACCCAGUCAAGUGCCUUUUGUAGUGUGAAGAAACUCAAACUAGAACCAAGCAGUUGUGUGUACCACGAAAGAACCUACCCACAAAUCUAUGUGAAUGGUAAAAACUUUGGAAUUUCUCCCCACAGGGUUAGUACUUUCUUUCAGACUAAAAACCCAUUUGACAGACCUCGAGGACAGAACUUUUUGUUGCAGUCAAAUGCUGUUGCUUUAAAAAAUACUGCAGGUGCUACGAAAGCGUUAGCAGCGCGGGCGCAGCAAGCUCAGUUAGAGGCACCUCGGACUGGGACGCAAGGAAGCCGAUCAGAUAUCCUGGAAGGACCCCAGCGAUGUGGAUUGAAGCGUAAGAGCGAAGAGCUGGAUAAUCAAAACAGCACGAUGCAGAUUGUUGAUGAACUGUCCAUCCUGCCUGCAAUGUUGCAAACCAACAUAGGAAACCCCGUGACGGUUGUGACAACGGCUGCAACUUCAAAACAAAGUGGUACAAGCGGAGAUGGAGAUUACCAGUUAGUACAGCAUGAGGUAUUGUGCUCUGUGAAAAACACUUAUGAGGUUCUUGAUUUCCUUGGGCGAGGGACCUUUGGACAAGUAGUGAAGUGCUGGAAAAGGGGGACAAAUGAGAUUGUGGCAAUCAAAAUCUUGAAGAAUCAUCCUUCGUAUGCGCGCCAAGGACAAAUAGAAGUGAGCAUAUUAGCAAGACUGAGUACUGAAAAUGCUGAUGAAUUUAACUUUGUGAGAGCCUACGAAUGCUUUCAGCAUCGUAACCAUACUUGUCUGGUUUUUGAGAUGUUGGAACAGAAUUUAUAUGACUUCCUGAAACAAAACAAAUUCAGCCCUCUGCAACUGAAAGUAAUACGGCCUAUUCUGCAACAGGUGGCCACUGCACUGAAAAAACUAAAAAGUCUGGGUUUAAUCCAUGCUGACCUCAAACCGGAGAACAUUAUGUUGGUGGAUCCUGUUCGGCAGCCUUACCGGGUUAAAGUAAUAGAUUUUGGGUCUGCCAGCCAUGUAUCAAAGACUAUUUGUUCAACCUAUUUACAAUCUCGAUAUUACAGAGCACCAGAGAUCAUACUGGGAUUGCCGUUUUGUGAAGCCAUAGACAUGUGGUCGUUAGGGUGUGUGAUUGCAGAGCUGUUUCUUGGAUGGCCACUGUACCCGGGAGCACUGGAAUAUGACCAGAUUCGUUACAUUUCGCAGACUCAAGGUUUGCCAGGAGAGCAGCUGUUAAGCAUGGGAACGAAAACUGCAAGAUUUUUCUGUAGAGAAAUGGAUGCACCAUAUUCUAGUUGGAGACUAAAGACAUUGGAAGAGCAUGAGGCAGAGACAGGUAUGAAGUCUAAAGAGGCCAGAAAGUAUAUUUUCAACAGUUUGGAUGAUAUAGUGCAUGUGAACAUGGUGAUGGAUUUGGAAGGAAGUGACCUGUUGGCAGAGAAGGCAGAUAGGAGGGAAUUUGUCAGUCUGUUGAAGAAAAUGUUGCUUAUCGAUGCUGAUUUAAGAAUCACUCCAGCUGAGACCCUGAACCAUUCUUUUGUUACCAUGAAGCACCUCCUUGAUUUUCCUCAUAGCAACCAAGUGAAGUCCUGUUUUCAUAUCAUGGAUAUUUGCAAAUGCAGAUCAAAUUUCUAUGACUUAAGUAAUCGCAAUAAAACAUCACUUAUGAGACCGGUUGCCUCAGGCAGUGCAGCUAAUCUGACUGCGAGCUUUACCAAAAUUGGUCCAGUAAGAAGUCAGGCACUGACUGCAUCUGCCCAUUCCGUUUUGCACCAAGGGAUACCACUGCAGGCAGGAACUGCUCAGUUUGGUUGCAGUGAUGUUUUCCAACAGGCAUUGAUUAUAUGUCCUCCAACUAUUCAAGGAAUUCCUACAAACCAUGGUAAACCCACCAGUUUCUCCCUGAGGGUGGAUAAUGCAGUUCCGUUGGUGACCCAAGCCCACGCAAUUCAGCCACUACAGAUUCGAGCAGGAAUCCUUUCUCAGACAUGGUCGAAUCAGACCCAGCAAAUACUGGUUCCCACAUGGCAGCAAGUAGCACCAGUGGCAGCUCCUGCUACAUCUCUGGCCUCUGAUCCUGUGGCUGGCCCACAGAGGCUUGGAGACUGGGGGAAGAUGAUUACCCAGGGCACCCAUUACAAUUCAAUGAUACCGCAGCCUCUUUUAACACAUCAGAUAACCUUGUCUGCCCCUCAGCCAAUUAGUGUGGGCAUUGCACAUGUUGUCUGGCCUCAGCCUGCAGCUACCAAGAGGAACAAACUGUGUCAGAACAGGAGCAACAUGUUACAAAAUACCAAUAUCCAAAAUUCAGCCUUUAUAUCUCCAAAGAUACUUAACCUGAAGGCUGUAAAGAGAAUAAGUUGUAUAGAAGCACAGGACAAUCAUAACUCAGAAGGACGGGAGAGUAACUGUUGUGAAGCAUCGGUCAGGCUGGACCCUGAUUCAUCUCUUUCAACCAAACAGCGCCAGGCUAUCUUCAUUGCCGGUUCCCCCAGCCCAGCAGUCAGCGUGAUCACCAUCAGCAGUGACACAGAUGAAGAUGACAUCGGACGAACGCAUUCACUGAGAGAGUGUAAAGGUAGCCUUGACUGUGAAGCCUGCCAGAACACCCUGAACAUUGACCGCGUGUGUUCUCUGAGCAGUCCUGACAGCACUCUGAGUACUAGCUCCUCAGGACAGUCUAGUCCAUCUCCUUGCAAGAGAUCCAACAGUAUGUCAGAUGAUGAACAGGAAAGUGGAUGUGAUACGGUGGAUGGUUCCCCAACUUCAGACUCUUCAGGACAUGACAGCCCAUUUGUGGAAAACGGCUUUGUAGCUAAUACCAAUAAAAAUAAGGAAGCAAGAGCAUCAGUUAAUCCUGAAACCAAGUCAGCUGUUUGCACGGUAGUGGUACCACCAAUGAGACUUGAAAACAGGUUACAUCUUGAUGAGCAGAUGGUGAAUACAAAUGCUACGUGCCAGCCAUUGAAAAAGGGUCGGUCUGUCCUGGGAAGAAUAAACCAGUCUUCUAUUGUAGGAAACCGUCAGCAAAAACUGACAUCAGCAUUCCAUCAGCAACAUACAAACUUCAGUCAGGUUCAGCACUUUGGAUCUGGGCCGCAGGAAUGGAACGGAAACUACGCGCAUCGGAGGCAGCAGGCUUACAUCCCAGCCAGCGUUGCCGGUCACGCUUUCUCCCUUCCGCAAGGAAGUCCAAAUCACACUACUGUGCACGCGCAUCUCUCUGGAAAUACCCAUCUUGGAGGACAGCCUGCUAUUCUUCCGUACCCGUCGUCGGCGCCCCUUAGUACUGCUGCACCUGUUGCCCACCUCCUUGCCUCGCCGUGUACCUCAAGACCCUUGUUACAACAUCCAACGUACAACAUAUCUCAUCCCAGUGGUAUAGUACACCAAGUUCCAGUUGGCAUAAAUCCCCGUCUCUUACCUUCCCCAACCAUUCAUCAGACUCAGUACAAACCAAUUUUCGCACCGCAUUCGUACAUUGCAGCAUCACCUGCUUACACAGGAUUUCCAUUGAGUCCAACAAAACUCAGCCAGUAUCCAUUUAUGUGAGAACUCAAAUACAGUAUAUUGAGGAAGCUCAAUGAUACAGAAGUUUGAUUUAAGAAGAAACAUGGUAUUUAUUAAAUAUUAGCCAUGGCACAACAGGAAAAUUAUUUUUUUGAAUCAUGUAGACUUGGGUGCAAUUUAAACAACUCUGAGCUUUAAAAAAAACUCACUUUUAAUGUGU